UGAGGAGAAAUUCUUCCCAUUUGGAAAGAGGCUUCCUUUCUGGGACGUCCGAAACGGGAGCUCUUGAGUGAUCCGUCAGAUCGAGUCUCUCCUCCACUAGUGCGGAGCCUCCCAUCAGACUCUGGGGCAUCUCCGAAGAGCCGUGUCAUCCUGAACAAGCCAACAAAUACCGGGAGAAACGAGAACAAACUUCCUCUUGAAGGUUCAUUCAUGUGCUUCUGAGGCACUCGGUGAGAGGGUGAAUAAUAAACAUGAAGACCAGGCUGUACCUGGCAGCAGUUGCUGUCUUCGCAGCAGUCAUACUGUUCCCUAUUGAGGCACAAGUUGUACCGCCCUCAAAUUUGAGGUUUAAGAUUCUAAAUGAAAACACAGUAGAAAUGUCAUGGAAACCGUCACCUACACGGGUACGAGGCUACAGACUUCAAAUAGUUGCAGAAUCAGAUGAACCGGACAGAGAGAUGACCCUCCCGUCAGCGUCCACAAGGACCUCCAUCACAGACCUGACCCCAGACAUGAACUACAUGGUAACCAUCUUUGCAUUCUCCGGCUCUGAGGAGAGUUUACCCAUCUCUGGCCAGAUCACAAUCCAAUCCAGUGGCACCGGUGGAAGCACUGGAAAAAAGCCCCAGGUUACAGAGUCCAUCAAAUGCACUGCUGGCGCAAUCGCCGACUUGGUCUUCUUGGUUGACGGCUCGUGGAGUGUCGGACGUGAGAACUUCAAGUACAUUCGCAGCUUCAUCUCCGCCAUGGCCGGUGCCUUUAACAUUGGGGAGGACAAGACCAGGAUCGGCGUGGUUCAGUACAGCACGGACACCAGGCUCGAGUUCAACCUGAACCAGUACUCCAGACGGGGCGAAGUGCUGAGGGCUAUCAACAACCUGCCCUACAAGGGAGGCAACACCAUGACAGGCGAAGCCAUGGACUUUCUGCUGAAAAACAGUUUCACCGAGGCGUCUGGAUCAAGGAAAGGGUUCCCCAAAGUGGCCAUGAUUAUCACAGAUGGGAAGUCACAAGACCCCGUGGAAGCCUAUGCCAGAAAACUCAGGAACAGUGGAGUUGAGAUUUUUGUACUGGGUAUCAAGGAGGCAGAUGAAGCUGAGAUGAGACAAAUGGCCUCCUCUCCUCACAACACACACGUGUACAACGUGCCCGACUUCAAUGUCAUCAAGAGUGUCCAGCAGCAGCUCAUUACUGAAGUGUGUACCGCCGUGGACGAACAACUCAACUCCCUCGCCAGUGGUGAAGAAGCUGUUGAGCCUGCCUCCAACCUGCAAGUCACCGAGGUCACCUCCAAGUCCAUGAGGCUGCAGUGGGACGCUUCUCCCGGUGACGUGACGGGCUACAAGCUCCAGCUCGUCCCCAUGAUGGCAGGAGCCAAGAGGCAGGAGCUCUACGUGGGUCCCAAGCAGUCAUUCGUGAACGUGCGUGACCUCACGCCGGAGACGGAGUACGAGAUCAGCCUGUUUGCACUCAACGGCCUGACCCCCAGCGAAGCAGUCUUGGCCAUGGAGAAGACGGAACCGAUCAAAGUGUCCAUGGAGUGCUCCCUUGGGGUGGAUGUCCAGGCAGAUGUUGUGCUGCUGGUGGACGGCUCAUACAGUAUUGGGUUAGCCAACUUUGCUAAAGUGCGAUCCUUCUUGGAAGUUCUGGUCAACACCUUCGACAUUGGACCCAACAAGGUUCAGAUCAGUUUGGUCCAGUACAGCCGAGACCCACACACGGAAUUUUACCUGAACACGCACACCGACCUGCCGGCUGUGCUCAAGGCAGUGCAGACCUUCCCAUACCGCGGUGGGUCGACCAACACAGGCCGUGCCAUGACUUACGUCAGAGAGAAGAUCUUCAUUCAAAAUCGCGGCGCAAGGACCAACGUUCCUCGGGUCAUGAUUUUGAUCACAGACGGAAAGUCCUCGGAUGCUUUCAAAGAUCCGGCCAAUAAGCUCAGAAACAGCGACGUGGAGAUCUUUGCUGUCGGUGUGAAGGACGCAGUUCGCUCAGAGUUGGAAGCUAUUGCCAGUCCCCCCACGGAAACGCAUGUUUACACUGUGGAUGACUUUGAUGCUUUCCAGAGGAUUUCUAACGAGUUAACCCAAUCCAUUUGCCUGCGAAUUGAGCAAGAGCUUCUCAACAUCAAGAGGAGAAGCUUGGUUGCACCCAGGGACCUGUCUUUCUCCGAAGUCACGUCCAGAAGCUUCCGCACGACCUGGGAGAUCGACGCCAAGGAUGUCCAGUCCUACCUGAUCCAGUACAGGCCCGAGGCAGAAGCCAACGCGGACUACAUCUCUGUCUCGGUGCCUGGCGAGGACCUCUCGUCCCUCUUGCUUCACCUCACGCCGCUCACAAAGUACGUGGUCAAUGUCUACGCUCAGUACGAGAAGGGGGAGAGCUUUCCCCUGACUGGAUAUGAGACCACUCUAGAAGAGCAAGGGAAAGUGCGCAACCUGCGGGUGUCUGAGGAGAGCACGGACAGCUUCAGGGUGACCUGGAUGGCGGCCCCGGGGGCCGUGGUGAGGUACAGGCUCACCUACGUGCCGGCCAGGGGUGACCACCCGACCCAGGAGACCACCACGGCAGGCCCCGAGACCACCAUCGUCCUUACGCGUCUCAUGCCCACCACCACGUACCGAGUGACCGUGGCGGCAGAGUACGGAGCUGGGCCUGGACCAGCCAUGCAGGUCGAUGGCACCACCAAAGAAGAGAUUGGUUCUCCAAGAGACCUGGUCACCAGCGAUGUCACUGAGAGCAGCUUCGUGGCAUCUUGGACGGCAGCUCCUGGUGGCGUGCGGUCCUACCGCGUGCGCUGGAAGUCCAUGUUCUCUGACGAGUCGGGUGAGAAGACUUUACGAGGGGACGAGACCACCACCAUCUUAGACGGCCUGAGCCCUGAGACCCUUUACCAGGUGUCUGUGGUCGCUGCCUAUGGCCGGAAGGACUCGGACCCACUAGUGGGAGAAGAGACCACAGAUGCCUCCGCCGCGGCCAAGAAGCUGACCGUGUCCGACGAGACGGAGCGCAGCAUGCGGGUGACGUGGCAGCCGGCGCCGGGCCGGGUUCUGCAGUACCGCCUCAGCCACUCCCCGCAGAGCGGCGCCGGGCGCCAGGUGCUCCUCAAGGUGCCCGGCAACACCACCACCACCGAGCUGAGGAAACUCCAGCCCAUCACCACCUAUGACAUCACCGUGACCCCCAUCUACGGCCGGCGCGGAGAAGGCAAAGCAAGGCAAGGAGUAGGAACCACACUCUCACCCUAUAAACCUCCCAGAAACCUCCAGACCUCGGAACCCACCAAGACUAGUUUCCGUGUGACGUGGGACGCCGCCCCAGGGCCCGUGAAGGGCUACAAGGUCACCUUCCAUCCCAGUGACAAUGACAUCGAUCUCGGGGAGCUCCUGGUUGGCCCCUAUGACAACACAGUUGUGUUAGAGGAGCUACGAGCUGGAACAAAGUACUCAGUAGCUGUGUUUGGAAUGUUUGACGGCGGAGAGAGCAUGCCUCUUGCCGGGGAGGAGCACACUACCCUAAUGGAUGCACCCGACCCUCCAGAAUUUGACUCAGAUGGAGCUGUCUGCAACACCCAGGCCAAGGCAGACAUAGUGCUGCUGGUCGAUGGCUCCUGGAGUAUUGGUCGUCUGAACUUCAAAACCAUCCGAGCUUUCAUUGCUCGCAUGGUUGGUGUCUUUGAUAUCAGUCCAGAAAGGGUUCAGAUUGGUCUGGCGCAGUACAGCGGUGACCCAAGGACAGAGUGGCACCUGAAUGCUCAUCCCACUCGUGAUAAACUUCUGGAUGCUGUGGCUAACCUUCCUUACAAGGGAGGCAACACCAUGACAGGCAUGGCCCUGACCUACCUGCUGCAGAACAAUUUCCGAGAAAAUGUAGGCUUGCGCCCUGACUCCAGAAAAAUCGGCGUGCUCAUCACUGACGGAAAGUCGCAGGAUGAAAUCAUUGCCAAUUCCCAGCAACUCAAGGACGAGAACAUUGAGCUCUACGCCAUUGGUGUGAAAAAUGCUGAUGAGAUGGAGUUGAGGGCCAUCGCCUCAGAACCUGACGAGAUUCACAUGUACAAUGUGAACGACUUCUCCUUCCUGUUGGACAUUGUGGACGAGCUCUCCACCAACCUCUGCAACAGUGUCAAGGGUCCAGGCGGAGGCCCAGGCACAGCCAUGGACUUGGAGACCUCCGAGGUCACGCACCAUUCUUUCCUUGUCUCGUGGACGCCUCCGGACGAGCCGGUGGAGAAGUUCCGUAUCGAGUACACGCCUAAAAACGGAGGAGAGACCCUGAUGGUGUAUGCGGAUGGAGAGGAGCCCACUGUUAGGCUGGAGAAUCUCACCCCUGAUACGGAGUACGUCGUCAAGGUGUUCAGCCUGGACGGAGAGGAAGUCAGUGAACCUCUGGUGGGAUCUGAGAGAACCCUGCCACUGCCAUUCGUGAAGAGCAUGACCAUAUCCGAUGAGACCCUGUCCAGCAUGCGUGUGAAAUGGGAGCUGGUGUCUGGAGCCUCUGGCUACAUGCUUCUCUACAGUGCCCUGAACGCCACCCAGACCGUCCCAGAGAAGGAGAUGCGAGUUGGCGGUGAUGUGAAUGAUGUCCAGCUGGAGCAGCUGCUCCCCAACACAGCCUACACGGUGUCCAUCUUCGCUCUGCACGGCGAGGCGGCCAGCAACCCCCUCACCGACACAGGAGUCACCCUGCCUAUGCCCCCGUCUGGCAAGCUGACCAUCUCCGACGUGACCCACAGCUCCAUGCAGCUGACCUGGGACGCCGCCCCUGGCAAAGUCAGGAAGUACAUCAUCACCUACAAGCCAGAGGAAGGAGAGCUCCAAGAGGUGGAGGUGGAAGGGGACAUAACCACGCUCAAGCUCACCAACCUCAUCUCCCAGACCGAGUAUGACGUGGCAGUCACUCCCAUAUACGACGAGGGUCCAGGAAACCCCAUGCUUGGAACGGCUAUCACAGACGUGGUGCCUGCCCCCAAGAACCUGAAGACCUCCGAGGUGACCCAGACGUCCUUCAGGGCCACCUGGGAGCACGGGGCUCCUGACGUCCUCCUGUACCGCAUCAGCUGGGUCAAGAAGUCAGGAGGGGAGCCUGAAAAUGCCAUUUUGAACAGUGAUGAAACCACGCUGGUUUUGGAGAACUUGGACCCGGACACUCUCUAUGACGUGACUGUCACGGCUAUCUACCCAGACGAGUCCGAGAGCGAGGACCUGAUCGGAAGCGAGCGCACAAAGACAAAGCGAGUGCCUCCCGGUCCCAUCGGACCUCCUGCCAACCUGCGCGUCUUCAACGCCACCACCACCUCCCUGAACCUGAGGUGGGACCACGCUCCCGGGCCCGUCGUGAACUACAAGAUCACCUACCUGCCCGCCGCAGGGGGAAACGCCAUCACUACGCAGGUCGGAGGCAAGAAGAACCAAGCCAUUCUCCAGAAGCUCACUCCCAACACUGCUUACAACAUCACCGUGGCUGCUGUGUACCGCAGUGGGGAGAGCAGGGACCUCUCUGGCCAAGGGACAACAAAACCCCUGGGUGGCGUGAGGAACCUGCAGGUUCUGAACCCCACCAUGACCACCCUGAACGUGCGCUGGGAGCCAGCCGAGGGCAAAGUGCGCGAGUACAAGGUCAUCUACACGCCAGCCGCAGGAGGGGCUGAAAGCAUGGUAGGCAUGGAACAAGUGGCGGCCACUGCUACCAGCACUGUCUUGAGGGGCCUGCAGCCAGACACCCUGUACACCGUCACCCUGGUGCCCGUGUAUGUGGAGGGCGACGGCAAGCGCAUGUCCGAAAAUGGGAAGACAAGGCCCUUGGGCGGCGUGAAGAACCUGCGCGUGACCGACCCCACUAUGACAUCACUGAACGUGAAGUGGGAACCAGCUGACGGAGCAGUCAGGCAGUACAAGGUCUUCUUUGUCCCGACCGCCGGCGGAACGGAAGACAUGGAGCAAGUUCCAGCUUCCCAGACAUCCAUUGUGCUGAGGAACCUGCAGCCCAACACCCUGUACACUGUGUCCCUGGUACCCGUCUACCCUGCAACUGAAGGCAGAAGACAGUCGGAGAAUGGAAAGACACUGCCCUUGGGUGGAGUGAAGAACCUUAGGGUCAUUGACCCCACCUUCACCACCCUCAAGGCUGUUUGGGAGGCAGCCGACGGGAACGUCCAGGGCUACAAAGUCCUCUACACUCCCAAGAAAGGAGGACCUCAGAUGAUUGAACAAGUAUCCGAGAGCACCACCACACUGCUACUGAAGAACCUGGAUCCAGACACAGAGUACACCGUCACUGUGCUGCCCGUCUAUGCUGAGGGCGAUGGGCCAGAGCUGGACGAACUCGGAAAGACAAAGCCUUUGGGAAUGGUCAAAAAUCUGAAGGUGACGGACCCCACCAUUACCACCCUGAACGUUCGCUGGGACCCGGCAGAGGGCAAUGUGCGCGAGUAUAAGGUGGUCUACGUGCCAGCCGGAGGUGGACAGGAGCUCACGGAGCAAGUGACUGGAGGUGCCACAUCCACAGUCCUGAAGAACCUGAUUGCAGACACCCUUUACACAGUCACCGUCACCCCUGUUUACCCCGAGAUGGAGGGCCUUCCAAAGUCUGACAGUGGAAAGACCAAGCCUCUGGGGGGUGUGAAGAAUCUGCAAGUGGUGGACCCCACCAUCAGCUCUCUGACCGCUCGCUGGGAGCCAGCCGACGGCAACCCUCGCCAAUACAAGGUCUUCUACGUGCCUGUGCCUGGAAGCGGCGAGAAGAUGGAGCUAGUCUCUGGUAGUACUACCAACAUCAUCUUGAAAGGCCUUGACGCCUUCACCCUCUACAAGGUGUCCGUGGUUCCAAUUUAUGAAAAUGAGAUCGAGGGCAUAAGGCAGUCUGAAAACGGAAAGACGAAGCCUCUUGGCGGCGUGAAAAAUCUGCAGGUCACUGACCCCACGGUGAACUCCCUGAGAGUGAGAUGGGACGCAGCCGACGGCGAUGUGCGCCAGUACAAUGUCUUCUACGUUCCUGUUGCCGGGGGACCCGAACAAAUGGUUCAGGUAUCAGGGGUGUCCACCAACACAAUGCUGAGGAACCUGCAGCCAGACACUGAGUACAAAGUCUCUGUCCUGCCUAUCUACGCAGACGCGGAGGGGAAACGCACAUCAGAGAAUGGAAAGACCAAGCCUCUGGGUGGCGUCAAGAAUCUGCAGGUGACCGACCCCACCACCAGUUCUCUGAAGGUGCGCUGGGAGCCAGCUGAGGGCAACGUUAGGCAGUACCGCCUCUUCUACGUGCCUGCAUCCGGCGGAGCCGAGGACAUGGAGCAAGUUUCUGGAGGCACCACCACGACCAUCUUGAGGAAUCUCCUGUCUGACACGGUCUACACUGUUACUGUGGCUCCAGUCUACCCGGAGGGAGAAGGCCUCCGCCAGUCUGAAAAUGGAAAAACAUUGCCGCGUACUGCUCCUAAGAAUAUCAAGGUCUACAACCCGACCGCCAAUAGCCUGAACGUGCGAUGGGAGCCAGCGUCAGGGCAGGUGCAGCAAUAUCGCGUCGUCUACCAGCCGCUCAAUGGAGCCAAACCAGCCGAGUCGGUUCUGGUGCCAGGAAGCAUCCACAACGCCUUCUUAGAUAACCUCAUCCCUGACACCGAGUACUCUGUGACUGUGGUUCCCGUCUACGUGGAUGGAGAUGGACCGUCUGGAGAGGAUAAGGGCAAAACAUUGGCCCGCGCUGGCCCCAGGAAGCUGCGCGUGUUUGAUGCGACCACCAGCACUCUGACCAUUGGCUGGGACCAUGCAGAGGGGCCUGUCGUGCAGUACAAGAUCUCCUACGCCCCUCUCACAGGAGACCCCAUUACAGAGUUUGCUGUUACUCCUGGCAACAGAAACAAUGCCAUGCUGCAAAACCUACAGCCAGACACUCCAUACAACAUCACUGUGACGGCCAUCUAUGCGGAAGGCCCCGGCGGCACUCUUGUUGGAACUGGAACCACGCUUGGUCUCUUGGCACCCCGUAACCUCCACGUCUCCGAUGAGUGGUACACCCGAUUCCGCGUCACUUGGGAGCCUGUGGAUGCUCCCGUCCUGGGCUACAAGAUGGUGUACCAACAAGCAGGCAAGAAUGACUCAUUGGAGGUGUUUGUUGGAGAUGUCACCUCCUACACCCUGCACAACCUGCUCCCUGGUACCCCAUACGAUGUCAAAGUCUACGCUCAGUAUGAUGGUGGAAUCAGCGGUGCUCUCGAGGGACAGGGAACCACAUUGUACCUGAAUGUGACCAAUCUUGAGACCUACGAUGUUGGCCAUGAUCGAUUCUGCAUUAAAUGGAACCCCCACAGGGCUGCCACUUCUUACAGGAUUAAGCUGAACCCUAUUGACCCCCAUGCCAAGGGCCAGCAGGAGAUUACCAUCACCGCGGGUCAGAGUCACUACUGCUUCGAGGGCCUGUCUCCCGAGUCCCUGUACGGCGCUUCCGUAUUCGUCCAGACGCCCAACCUGGAGGGCCCUGGUGUCAGCGUGAAAGAGCGCACAUUGGUCAAGCCAACACCUGCUCCCACAUCACCACCUGCCCCUCCUCCUCCCCCCACCAUUCCACCUGGCUGGGCAGUCUGCAAAGGUGCCAAGGCUGACGUAGUCUUCGUGGUGGAUGGAUCAUGGAGUAUCGGAGAGGAGAACUUCGUGAAGGUGGUGAAGUUCGCCUACAGUGUCAUCGGAGCCUUUGAUGUCAUCAACUCUGCCGGAAUGCAGGUCUCUGUUGUGCAGUACAGUGACGAUGCCCAGACCGAGUUCAGGCUGAACACGUACAAGGACAAGGGCAUGGCUUACGCAUCACAGGCCCUCAUUAAGUACAGGGGAGGCAACACCAAAACAGGCAUCGCUCUGAAGCAUGUGCAUGAGAAAGUCUUCACUUCAGAUAAUGGAAUGAGGAGGAACGUUCCCAAAGUUGUGGUAGCAAUCACAGAUGGGCGAUCUCAGGAUGAAGUCACAAAGAACGCUGCCAAACUACAGCACGCUGGGUACAGCGUGUUUGUCGUUGGAGUUGCAGACGUGGACUUUGUGGAACUUCAGAACAUUGCUAGCAAGCCAAGCGACCGCCACGUCUUUGUUGUCGAUGACUUUGAUGGUUUCGCAGCAAUCCAGGACAAUCUGGUGACCUUCAUUUGUGAAACGGCCACAUCCUCGUGUCCUUUGAUCUACGUGAAUGGGUUCACAUCACCAGGCUUCAGGAUGCUUGAGGCAUUCAACAUCACAGAGAAAACGUAUGGCUCCAUCCCAGGAGUAUCCAUGGAAAGUGGCUCCUUCAACAGUUACACGGCCUACAGACUCCACAAGGAUGCUUUCCUGACUCAGCCCACUUCAGAUAUCCAUCCUGACGGCCUGCCCUCGGCCUACACGAUCAUCCUCAUGUUCCGACUGCUACCAGACUCCCCCAAAGAGGCCUUCGAUAUCUGGCAGGUCUCCGACAAGAACAACAAGCCCGAAACCGGAGUCACGAUCGAUCCUGCCACCCAGACGGUAUCGUUCUAUAAUAAGGACACUCGUGGGGAGAUCCAGAAAGCCACAUUUGAUAACGAUCAAGUCAAGAGGAUGUUCCACGGCAGCUUCCACAAGCUUCACAUCCUGGUCUCCUCCAAGAGUGUCAAGUUGAACGUCGACUGCCAGGAGGUGGCCGAGAAGGAGAUUAAGGAGGCUGGAAACACAUCUGCGGACGGCUAUCAAGUGCUCGGCAAGAUGUCCAAGUCCAUUGGACAGCGAGGAGAGUCGGCAACAUUCCAGCUCCAGAUGUUUGACAUCAUCUGCAGCCUCGCCUGGACGAGCAAAGACAGAUGUUGUGACCUUCCAUCCAUGAGAGACGAGUCCAAGUGCCCAUCUCUCCCUAAUGCCUGCACGUGCACAACUGAUAGCACAGGACCUCCCGGGACACAAGGGCCAAUGGGUGCCCCCGGAGGCAAAGGUCCAAAGGGUGAGAGAGGAGAGAAAGGCCCUGCGGGACAACUGGGCCCGAUGGGAGAGAUGGGGCCACCUGGGCCAAUGGGGCUUCCAGGCCCACAAGGACCUAGCGGAAUGUCGAUUCCUGGCGAAGCUGGCCGCCCUGGACCAAAAGGAGAGCCUGGAGACUCCGGACUACCUGGGCAGAAAGGUCCACCUGGGUCUUCUGGUGGUAUUGGACCUAUUGGACCUGCUGGACCAAGAGGACCCGUCGGCAAAGAAGGGCCAGCUGGGCCUAGAGGUCCACCAGGACCAAUGGGACCUCCUGGACCUCCCGGAGCUAUUGGCCCCAGUGGAAUUUCUGGAAAGCCUGGUGAUAAUGGUAUUCCUGGAGCCACCGGGCAGAAAGGAGACAGGGGCGACAGAGGCGAUAUUGCCUCCCAAGGCAUGAUGAGAUCCAUUGCCCGACAAGUCUGCGAACAACUAGUGAACAGUCAGAUGAGCCGCGUCAACGACCUCAUCAACCAGAUCCCCAGUGGUAUCCGUAGCAGCCAACCAGGACCGGCCGGACCUCCUGGCCCAUCAGGACCUCAAGGUCCCCGCGGAGAGCCCGGAAGGAUAGGCAGGAACGGAUUCCCCGGAAAUCCUGGAUUGCCCGGAAAUCAGGGCGAGAGAGGCGUACCUGGUGAGAAGGGAGACAGAGGCACCCCUGGAACUGGCCAGAGGGGACAAAGGGGACAGCCUGGCCCUCCUGGACCUCAAGGUGAUUCCAGGACAGGACCCCCAGGACCAUCAGGGUCUUCCGGGGCGCGUGGAACCCCUGGCCGCAAUGGCGUUCCCGGGGUGAGAGGACCGCCCGGUCCCCCAGGGUACUGCGACUCCUCCCAGUGUGUCGGCAUCCCGUACAACGGGCAGGGGUACAGAGGAGAGCGGAUCCAGCCCGAUGCGGACCCGCAAGUAGUGGCCAUGCAGGAGGGAGCGGAAUACGACGACUCAGAACAUGAGAGUCGGCGCAAGAGGUCUGUAUCGAGGAAGGUCUCAAAGAGGAUAGCAGCAUAAAGACGCAGGUGCUGUUGAGAUGGUGUCCACUCCAUCUCCUCUAUUGUAUAAAUUAUAUAUAUAUAAAUAAAUAAAAAUAAAUAAUUGUGUUGUUGUUGUUGUAGUAGUCACUCUCAGAUAUGUAACUGUGAAGGGAUAUGCACACUUGACAUCGCAGAGGGGCUCUCUCUUCUCCACCCUCUCUUUCUCUUCUCUUAAUUUGUCCAUACCUUUUGUGUUCAGUGCACACACAUGCAAACAGAAAAAAAUGAAUAAAACAGAAGGGAAAGUGAGCAAAAGAAAAGGAAAUUGUUUUCCAUGUUUUUUAUUUUAUUUUUCGUGAUCUGUGAUCUGUUACUUUUUUUUUCCUUUUCAAUUCACUAUGUGCCAUUGCUUGUAACAUACCCGCAUCAUGUCUUCAUUCAUCCAAUGAUAGCCGUAGCAUUUAACAAGUUCAAAAAGAAACACUACAUCAACAUAGACCGCAAUUGGAAGGAUAUUGGUUCGAAAGCAAUUGUAUAGAAUAGCACAAGGGGGUGGGCCUGUGUGUUAUACAAUCACAGAAUCCGCAUAAAUGCCUCAUUAUAAUUGUCUACAUUGUUCUGUUGCAAUUUCAUAGUCCUACGUCAUCGUUACUCUGCCACUGCCAUGUCAUGGUCACGUGACAGCAUCAACCGAGCUGUUUCUCACUCUUACAUACUUCAGUUAAACAUGAUUUCCUUUUUGUUAUUUUAGACCUAAUAUUUAUCAGUUUUUAUUAUAUCAAGUCACAGCAGAUUUUACCAAGUGUGGAAUUGCAUGUCUGUGGUGUAUAUUUAGUAUGUUUUGUUUUUAUUUGCUUUAUCUUUGUUUUUUUUGUUUUUUUUUGUUUUUUUUGUUUGUUUUCUUUUUUGUUUCGAUUGUUUAUUUUAUCUGGAUAUAGUUGUUGUCAUUGUUGUUCUAUCAUUAUCUCGUGCAGUUGACAUCUGUGUGCAAGACUAUGGAUAUAGUAUUGCUGCUUUAUGUUUUAAACUGCAGAUUGUGAAUUCCACAGCCUUAUUUUUCUUAUUUAUUUCUGAAACCAAAGAGGCAUUUUUCAAUAAAACUACUGAAAAUUUAAAA